UCGUCUCCUACCAACACGCUGUCAAGUAUUUUUUACACAUUUUGAAACGUGAACCCCAGGGUAAAGAUGGAAACCAGAGGAUCAGGGACAGAUGUAAAGAGUACCUGGACAGAGUCGACGAAAUACAGUAUUACCUAGACAAUAAAAAGGUUAUUUACUAUACAACCAUUUAGAACUACCCUUAGAACAGUUUCCAGGGAAAUCACUGCAGGAAGUUUACUGGGCGUUAGAAUUAUGUGCUGUUUUUAGUAUCUUACAUGUAGCCCUUGUCAGGGUGUCAGGUACAGUAAGAGACAAAGUAUACAGCCAAUGAUAAACCACAAACCAAAAACCACCUGACAAAACAUCAUUAAACAUAGUAUAGUGACUAAGUGACUGGGUGAGUAUAAAGUAAAUAAACAAAUUAUACUAAAAUGGCAACAAGAAUAGACACUAAAUUAUGACAACUGUCCAGGGCAUACUGUAACCUCACCCAAUGGGAUGGGCUAUUAAAUAAUGAAAUAGCAGUCUCAAAAUUAACUGUGUGGAAUUUAGCAUUAUGAUGUAGUGAAGUUACACCAUCUUGUUAAAUAUUUAGUAUGCGUACUAGGACUAGAUGUUUCUGUCCCCGAUAAUCAAUACCCAUUAUUUUUUUACUUAGGAUUUCUCCUAAGAAAAAGUUGGGGGUGUCCUUUUGGGGUGGUGGUCCAGCAGUGUUAUGCUUUCAGGUUGUUUAAAAUAUUUCUAAGGACCAAAAAUGCAUAAUGAGUGUAAAAAAAAGAAGGAAAAGUGUAUAUAUAUUAUUUGAUCUAACAUAACUGAACUAUCUAAGCGUUAUGUAAAUAUUACACACAAAAACAUCUUUUGUGAACGAUUUGCAUGACUCGGACAUGACGCAGUCCGUUUUGGAGUGUACGUCUUGACGUCACUACAUUUCGUGUACGCUGGUGUCGACUUUUCAAUGCGGAAGUUCCCUCCCUGAUUCGACGGGGUAGCGAUCCAGGAAUUGAAAACAACAUUGAAAAACUUAAUUUAACAGUUAACACUGUAGUUCUAAGUCUAAGCUAUAACGAGGAAAAAGGCAAAUCGUUUUCCCGUGGAGGUUUGAUAUUUGUUAAGAUUAUUGCAAAGCGUGGUCUUCCUUAUGGCUACCAAUAAUUUACAGAAAGCCAUUGAUUUAGCCAGUAAGGCUGCUCAGGAGGAUAAAGCUCAGAACUUCGAGGUUGCGCUGAGGCUGUACCGGGAUGCUGUUGGUUAUUUCCUCCAUGUGGUUAAAUAUGAAGCCCAGGGUGAUAAAGCAAAACAGAGUAUCCGCGCAAAAUGUAAUGAAUACCUGGAGAGAGCAGAGAAGCUGAAGGAGUAUUUGAAGAAGAAAGAGAAUGCUCCUGCUAAGCCUGUCAAAGAAUCAGGUUCUGACGACAAAGGAAAUGACAGUGAUGAAGGAGAUGAUCCAGAAAAGAAGAAAUUCCAAAAUCAACUCUCAGGUGCAAUUGUCAUGGAGAAACCGAACAUCAAAUGGAAUGAUGUUGCUGGACUAGAAGGAGCCAAAGAGGCUCUGAAAGAAGCUGUUAUUCUUCCAAUCAAAUUCCCUCACCUUUUCACAGGAAAGAGAACUCCAUGGCGAGGGAUUUUGCUUUUUGGACCCCCAGGUACAGGAAAGUCCUAUCUGGCAAAAGCUGUUGCUACAGAAGCAAACAAUUCCACAUUUUUCUCCAUCUCUUCGUCUGACCUUGUCUCCAAAUGGCUAGGAGAGAGUGAAAAAUUAGUGAAAAAUCUUUUUAGCCUCGCAAGGGAACACAAGCCUUCCAUUAUCUUCAUCGACGAGAUCGACUCACUCUGUGGUUCCAGAAGUGAAAAUGAGAGUGAAGCUGCUCGUCGUAUCAAAACUGAAUUCCUAGUUCAGAUGCAGGGUGUGGGGAAUGAUAAUGAGGGCGUGCUAGUACUUGGUGCAACAAACAUCCCAUGGACACUCGACUCGGCCAUUAGAAGAAGAUUUGAGAAAAGGAUCUACAUCCCUCUGCCUGAGGAACAUGCGCGUUCAUUCAUGUUCAAGCUCCACCUUGGAUCCACUCCAAACAGUCUUUCUGAGUCCGAUUUUAUUACGUUGGGCAAGAAGACAGACGGCUACUCAGGAGCAGAUGUUAGUGUCAUUGUCAGAGAUGCUUUAAUGCAACCAGUUCGAAAGGUCCAGUCAGCAACACACUUCAAGCGGGUACGAGGUCCAUCCAGGGAUGACCCCAAGGUUAUUAUGAACGAUCUUUUAACUCCUUGCUCCCCCGGCGAUCCUAGUGCAGUUGAAAUGUCAUGGAUGGAGGUCCCUGGAGACAAGCUAUUGGAACCUAUAGUAUGCAUGUCUGACAUGCUAAGGUCUCUGUCCAACACAAAGCCAACAGUCAACGAACAAGAUCUGGAAAAACUGAAAAAAUUCACAGAUGACUUUGGGCAGGAGGGCUAGAAGUAGGAUUCCGCCAAGUCGAACCAAAGCAAAGAGAAAAAUUCUAAUUGUGUCUCUAUACUGUCCGUGUCCCUCCUCUCUCGCUCACUCUCUCCUUCUGUCUCUGUCUGUCUCUCUCCCCUGGUCAUUUACCCCACCUGAUUAAUAAUAUCUGAAACGGGCAAGACCUCUGUGCUGCCAGUCUGAUAAUUUCACUCUAGUUAAAAGACCUCCAUUUAUUUGACAUCCACCACUGUCCCAAAGAUGAUAAAAAUCACUCACCGUCUAGAUUGAAAAUCAAUUUUACUAAAAGAAUUUCAAAGGGCUUGAUGAGAUAUGUAUUAAAAAAGUUUCAAGUAUUGAUGAGUUGAACAAUGUACAGAUUAUAGACAACUGCCUAGAUUAAAAUGCCAGUUAAGACCAGGAAUUCAAGUGAAUCAAACUGAGUACAGACUAAACAUUUGCAUCUUAAAUCGUUAGUCUGACAUAACACUGGUAAAUAGAUAUGCUUUAUGCUAUAUUCUCUACGUAUUGAAAAACAAGCAUUAAUUUGUAACAGACUUUGUGGAAUAUAUGCAGUUACUCUUGUACAGGGAUUUGACACAGGGAGGCAUGAGUUGACAGAUACUCAGGAUAAAAGCAGCAUUAUCUCCUGUGUCAGUGUUUGAUUGUCGAACAUGUUUCCAAAUAAAUGACAAAUAUAUUUGUUAAAUCCAAUGUCAUUUGAUGGUUUCACCAGUUGUGCUGUAUCAGAACUACUUCAUCAUUUCUAUUUUGUCAGAGAUUUUUAGCUCGUAACUUUGUCAAAUGGUUCAUGUGUUUUCCCUGUCGAUGACCCUUGCCGUUUUUUCUUUAUAAACACUGCAUAGUGUGCUAACAUAGGAAAGUCAUGCAGGAUUUUUUGGUUAAAUAAAAUUGUGGAAAAUCAUCAACUCGCAAACUCUAAAAUGAAAAUGCAUUUGCAAGCAUGUGUAUCCAGAAGAGACUGUCUGCACCAUGUGCCUUCCAGAAUUGCUGCAUUUUUUUUUUUAGUUUUUUUUUUCUCCUUUGUUUUAUAAGCGCAUACAAGUGCUUUGUCACUACAAUAAAAACAUGUAGAAUACUUGCACAUUAAUGUAAGCUCUUUUAGAGAUUGCACUCUUUAGCUUUUAAGGUGUGCACAGUUUGAGUUUGAUGGAAAACAAACAUUUUAUCUUACUGUAAAUGUCUAUACAUAUAUCCAACUUUGGCCUUUUAUUUUAUGAAAAGUCCAAAAGAUGCAUGUUUUUUGUUUUGUAAAUAAACAUAAUAGCAAUGUAAAAAAGAAGGAUGUUUCCUUUUUUGUAAGCAAAUUGUGUGCUUUAGAAACUAACAUGGGUUUUGAAAUAAAGAGUUCACAGUG